GCGCUCUGCACGGAGCAAUGAAUGUGAGCAGAGACAAGGCUCAGGGAGGUGACAUCUCUAUCCCAGCUGUAGCAGCCAGCCAGGCUGGCCUUGGAGGGGAGCCAGGGUCCGGCUGUCUUCACGGGGAAAGCAUGGAGAGUCACGGGGACCAGAGACUUUCCUCCAGCAACGAGCUACCAGUCUAUUCGUGCCCUGGGAAUAGAGAGCGGCCAGGCGACAAUCGGAGCAACACCCCUGGACAAGAGGGGGCCGGGGCGGCUCUGCCGGUGGUCCACAGAACCACCUCGUUUUCCGUGCUGGACAUUCUGGACCCCAACAAAUUCAACAGCAAAAAGAGGCAGUGCUCGGUGCUGUACAAAUCCGCAGGGAGCGAAUUCACUCUCGGGGCAGAGGCCAAACCCGAGGACUCGGGCACGGAACUAGCAGAUCCAAAAGCUCUGGCUGACGACUUUGAAACGUGCAAAAAGUCCUCGGGCUUAAUCAGCGGCGGGACCGGAGGGGGCCUAGGGGGAGGCGGCCUGGGCGGGGGGCUGAGCCCGCUCAGCCACUCGCCGCCCAUGGGCAACCCGCUUUCCAUGCACGGCCCCGGGGGCUACCCGGGACACCCCACCGGGGGUCUGGUGUGCGCCGCCCAGCUGCCCUUCCUGCCCAGCCCUGCCGUCCUCUCGCCCUUCGUCCUGGGCUCGCAGACUUACGGGGCUCCGGCCUUCUACACCCCGCACCUAUAAACCGGCCUGCCUCCGCCCCGGGCCCGAGAGCCGCUGGGGCAGCAGACCCUGGGAUGGAGACCACGCGCCGCGCUCCCUGCGCUCAGCGCAUCCGGUGGGAUGGGAACUGCGCGCCCAGAGCUCCCGUUGGCCCCAGGGGAUGGGAACUGCGCGCCCAGAGCUCCCGUUGGCCCCGAGGGCUGGGAACUUCGCACCGCGCACUCCGAGUUCCCCUGCGCGCUCAGAGCGCGCAAUCCCCUGGACUGGGAAGAUUCGUCUCGGAACUCUCUCUGCGCGCCUGUCUCCCACCGCAACCCAGGGACAGCCAGCAGAGCGCAGUGCCAGGAGAGCUUCGCAAAGCAACAAUACAUCAUUAAUAAUCAUACAUUCA